UCAAAAAUACUUCUUUCCUUCCUUUCCUGGCUUUUUCUCUAUCUAAAGAAGCUGCAACAGCUACAAAACCACUGCUCUGAAAUUCCAGCUCUCCAUCUUCUCUUUCUCAAAGCUUAGAGAAAGAGAAAAACAGGAAUACCUGUUCCUAGAAAGGGAAAAAGGGGAUUUCUGUUCUUCCUUGAAUGUGAAGGCUCUUCUUGAAGAUGCUUGAUUUUCUAAGACUAACAUACUCAGCUGAAGUCUCACAGAUUCCUCCACCUUUUUCUUCUUUUCCUCGUAAAUUCGCUCCCGUCCGAGCAUUUAAACCUGACUUCUGUGCAAAUUCCUUGGAACCCAAUUCGCCGAAACUGAUCUCCAACUGAAAAAAAAAUGAAAAAAAUGGUCCCUUACCUCGUUCUUGCUCUGUUUUCCCUUCUGGGUACUUUCAGUUCUUCUUCCUUGAUCAGUGAUGCCCGUGUCCUAGCUUCAGUGAAACAAGGAUUUGAAUUCUCAGACCUCGCAUUGAACAGUUGGGAUGUGUCCAAUCUGAGCUCGGUCUGCUUGUGGGUUGGAAUUCGGUGUGAGAGGGACCGGGUGGUAUCAGUCAAUGUCUCGAAUUUGAAUCUCUCUGGUUCCAUUUCUCCUGCAAUUUCGGGCUUGGACUGGCUCGUCGAGCUCUCUAUCGACGGAAACAAUUUCUGGGGCGAGAUCGAGCUCUCCAAUUUAACUCACCUGCAGUUGCUGAACAUCUCAAACAAUCAGUUCAAUGGAAGCUUGGAUUGGGACUACUCGGGUUUGAUGAACUUGGAGGUGUUUGAUGCUUAUAACAACAACUUCACUGCUCUUCUUCCUUUGGGGAUUCUGCAGUUGGAGAAAAUCAAAUAUCUAGACCUUGGUGGGAACUUUUUCUUUGGAAAGAUCCCAACAGGUUAUGGAGAUUUGAUUGAGCUGGAGUACUUAUCGCUUGCCGGCAAUGAUCUUCAUGGAAGAAUCCCAGGUGAGUUGGGAAAUCUCACAAACUUAAAACAGCUCUAUUUGGGCUAUUUCAAUGUCUUUGAAGGUGGGAUUCCAAAAGAACUUGGGAAUUUGAUGAAUUUGGUUCAUUUGGAUCUUUCUAGCUGUGAAUUAGAUGGGCCAAUCCCACACCAGUUGGGGAAUCUACAGCUGCUCGACACCCUCUUUUUACAUAUGAAUCUCCUAACGGGCCCCAUCCCGAAGCAGUUGGGAAACCUAACAAGCAUGAUGUAUCUUGAUCUUUCAAACAAUGCACUCACAGGAGAAAUCCCAUAUGAAUUCAACAAUCUCAGGGAGCUGAGACUCUUGAACCUGUUCAUGAACAGACUGCAUGGGUCGAUACCUGAUUUCGUCGCCGACUUGCAGAAUUUGGACACUCUGGGGCUGUGGAUGAACAACUUCACAGGAGUGAUUCCCGAGAAGCUAGGCGAGAAUGGGAAGAUUCAAAUUCUCGAUUUGUCUUCCAACAAGCUCACUGGUAUGAUCCCUCAAGGCCUGUGUUCUUCUACUCAGCUUAGGAUACUGAUUCUCUUGAAGAAUUUCCUGUUUGGGCCGAUUCCGGAUUGCUUAGGGUCUUGUCUGGGUCUUACUAGAGUUAGGAUGGGGCAGAACUAUUUGAAUGGCAGCAUUCCAAAUGGUUUCCUAUACUUGCCUCAGCUAAAUCUAGUGGAGUUGCAAAACAACUAUCUAUCAGGAACCUUCUCUGAGAAUACCAACAGUAGCGUUAGGCCAGCCAAACUGAGUCAGCUCAAUCUAGGGAACAAUCUCCUAUCUGGGUCUCUCCCAUCUUCCAUUUCGAAUUUCUCUUCCCUCCAAAUUCUCCUCCUAAACAAUAACCAAUUCACCGGGCAGAUCCCAUCCUCAAUCGGGGAACUGAAUCAAGUACUAAGGCUUGAUCUCAGCCGAAACAUGUUCUCUGGUGAAAUCCCACCCAGGAUAGGAAGCUGCUCCCAUCUUGCCUAUCUAGACUUGAGCCAGAACAAUCUCUCUGGUCAUAUUCCAUCUGAGAUUGCCGAAAUCCGUAUACUGAAUUACCUGAAUUUAUCAAGAAACCACCUCAACCAGACCAUACCCAAAUCGCUCGGCAUCAUGAAAAGCCUGACGGCUGCUGAUUUCUCCUUCAAUGAUCUCUCCGGGAAGCUGCCUGAAACAGGACAGUUUGCGUUCUUCAAUGCGUCAUCCUUCGCAGGCAAUCCCCGCCUCUGCGGCCUUGUCCUAAACAAUCCAUGUAAUGUCACUUCAAUUACCGUUGGACCCAAAAGAGUCCCAAGCGAUUUCAAGCUCGUGUUUGCGCUCGGCCUACUCAUUUGCUUUAUAGUCUUUGCUGUCGCUGCGAUCGUCAAGGCCAGGUCCUUCAAGAAACAUGGUUCGGAUUCGUGGAAGCUGACUGCAUUUCAGAAGCUGAGCUUCAUGGUCUCUGAUGUGCUCGACUGCAUGAAGGAUAGCAAUGUGAUUGGAAGAGGAGGGGCUGGGAUUGUCUACAUGGGAAAAAUGCCGAAUGGGGAAGAGAUUGCUGUAAAGAAGCUGCUUGGAUUUGGGAACAACAGCCACGACCAUGGGUUUAGAGCUGAAAUUGAAACACUGGGGAAUAUCAGGCACAGGAAUAUAGUGCGGCUGAUAGCGUUCUGCUCGAAUUCUCAGACAAAUCUGCUAGUGUAUGAAUACAUGAGAAAUGGGAGUUUGGGAGAAGCAUUGCAUGGGAAGAAGGGUGGAUUUUUGGGGUGGGAUUUGAGAUACAAGAUUGCAAUAGGAGCUGCCCAAGGGCUGUGUUAUUUGCACCAUGACUGCAGUCCUCUGAUUGUUCAUAGAGAUGUGAAAUCUAACAACAUUCUCUUGAAUUCGAGCUUCGAGGCCCAUGUUGCUGAUUUCGGGUUGGCCAAGUUCUUGCAGGAUGGCGGCACAUCCGAGUGCAUGUCAGCAAUCGCGGGUUCGUAUGGCUACAUUGCUCCAGAGUAUGCAUAUACACUCAAGGUGGACGAGAAAAGUGACGUCUACAGCUUCGGCGUGGUACUUCUGGAGCUCAUAACUGGGCGUCGUCCGGUGGGGGAGUUCGGCGAUGGGGUGGAUAUCGUCCAAUGGGCCAAACGGGCCACCAACAGUCGGAAAGAACAAGUCAUCCAGAUCAUUGAUCCCAGGCUCACUGCGGUCCCAGCGGACGAGGCAAUGCAUGUGUUCUUCAUUGCCAUGCUAUGCACUCAGGAGAACAGUGUUGAGCGGCCGACAAUGAGGGAGGUUGUCCAGAUGCUCGCGGAGUAUCCCCGGCAUGACCCCAAUGACAAAGCCAAUGCUUCCAGCCCUCAGCAGCUACUGAAGAAUCCCGAUAAGGCGAUGAUGAUUGAAGGCCUUAAAGUCCCCCCUGAUCUCUUGAUAUGAAUAACUUGCAUUGCAAAUGAUCAUGCCCAAGCAAGCUUAAUUGUCAAAAAAGGGGGAAGAGAUUAAAAGGAAAAAAAAAAAACCAUUGUCUAGGAAUAACAAUGCAUUUGUUUUUGAAGGGGGUGUGUAUCAAAGUAGGCUUACAUUAGAUAAGAGGGCUGCGUCAUGUUUGGGCAUUUUGUAUUAUAAAAAUAUCAUAUCACAUCCAUUGCUUUUUUGGGGGGGGAGUUCUUUUUGUAUUUCUUAAAGAGUUAUAUUCCAUGCAAGUUUUUUA